CGGCGACAACGUGCUCGCACAACAGACUCAACUCAAUCGCGCGCGCCUGUUCAUGUGCUGCACAUACAAUUCAGGAUAGUUUUCCAGGAGACUGAUUUCUUUCCAACGGAUAUAUCUUUCUGUUGCAAUCUACAGUUAGUUGAUUCACUGACAGCCAGUGGACAGUAGUGAUAAAGAUGAUAAAUGAACGGGUUAAUAAUUGAUGCCAUCGUUGAACGGUAAUUGUGCAUCGCGCCGUGUGUAGUAGCGGUUUCGGAUAUCGUUUUCGUAGAAUAUUUCCUGCUGGAUGGUGGUUUUUAAAAAUUUGAUCACGAUGAAAAGAGCAAUACUGCAAAUAACUUUAUGGCUGGUGCUACUGAAGUCGAAUGUUGUGUUUAGCAAAGCGAUCGACGGAAAAUCGGAUUCUAGAUCGAAAACGUUGGAAAUUCCAAAAAUUCUAGAAGUGCAGUAUGAUGACUAUCCGAUGGUAGUACCUAAACGAGCCGCAAUGUUGCUGGAUCGGCUGAUGGUUGCCCUCCACCAUGCCUUGGAGAAAGGCGAAGGCGAGGACGCCACAGGUCGGCCCAUCAACAAGGUAUACCGGGAUGCUAAGUACGGAGGGCGUCCCGUUACGAACGGUAUGGUUAGGCAACAGCCGGCCCCACCACCGGUUCCACCGAGUAAAACAGAGCAACUGAUGAAGUCUUACUAUGCCGAGGCAGAGGCAGACGACGCGGAAGUGGACAACGCGAUUCCCGAUGAGCUGGAAGAACUUGAAAAUCGGAAGGAGUUUUUGGACGAAAUGAUGGACAUUCAGACGAGGGGCACUGAGGACAAAACGAAAAAGGGCCGGUAUUGGAAGUGUUACUUCAACGCCGUCAGUUGCUUCUGAAAAGUAGGAUAACACUGGAAAACACGGAUUAGUCGUCGCUGAUCCGAGGUGUUAGUUUAAAUUUACUAGGCUUUAUCGUGUACACAUUUCAACAUAUGCACAAUCAGAACAUUGCUUUCUACUACGGGCACACACAUUGAAGUAGAAAGAUCAAGAGGGCAAGAAAGAACUGAAUUUCAAACAAUAACUAUAACACUUUAACUCGUUGUAUAAUAAAAUUAUACACUAUGUCACUUAAAACGGAAUAAUGUUUUCAAAUGUUUCUUUUUUGUUGCUAUAACACCUGUUUGUAUAUAGAUAAGUUCUAUUGAAUGUAGGAGAGACGAUUAUUUAUUAGCUGCUGAUUAACCGUAAUCCAUCUUCGAGUAAAAGUCUAACCGAGUCGAUUUUAUAAAUUGGGAAACACAUACGAAGAAGCCAAUGUUGUAGACUAAAUUCUACAUGAAUGCCAUAGAAAAAAUACAGAUAUUGGAAAUUUCAAGAAAAAAACUAACAAACAUCCAUCGCUUUUAUUAUAGCUUUAUUUAUU